UAGCAUUUCAUAUAGACUUGUUCAAAUACAUAUUUAAAUUGAACUAUAUUCUUAAGUUACUGAAAAUUACCUAAUCAACUUAAUGUUUACCAGAAAGUUGUGCAAUUUGAAAAAUAAUGGCAUUUGGUUACGCUCGGCGGCUCAUAAAAAAUACAGCAAGGAUAGUCAAGAAUAUUCCAAAGUCGUGUCCCGUGCUGAGAAGAUCGUGGGCGGUCCUCUCUCCUUCGGCACCCACUGGCUCAAGAACGAGUUAGAUGACACCGCCAUUCUUUUGAAAAAACUGGUAAAAACGAAUCCUCUUCUAAAGUACGUGAAGAACCAACUAACUAGCUCAGAGAGCAAGUUGCGACAUGGCCUAGUAGUCCUCCUUGUCUCUAAGGCAGCCGGGUUCGACGAAAAAGAUUUCACCAAUCAGCAUGAUUCAGGAAUACUUCACUCCCAACGAGCCCUGGCUGAAAUGCUCGACAUGCAAUGCACCGGCCUCAGAAUCCAUCAAACCAUUAUGAACUCGCACAAGAAGGAGAAAUCAGGAGAUAAACAGCAGCAACAUGAAGAGAAUAAAGUCGUUCUCUUGUCAGGGGACAUCUUACUGGCCAAAGCCCUACAGAAUUACGCAAACAUCUGCAACAACGAAGUGCUUGAACUUAUCUCCUGUGGUCUGCGGGACCAGAUCGAAGCGGAGUUCCUGGGCGAACGUGGGGCGGACAACCAACCUAUUCCUUCCAAGCCUAAAGUGGGCCAAGAGGUUCGCCGAUACGACUGGGAGAACGAAUACAACUUGGAGAAGCUCGGCAGCGAGCCGUACCUCGGGCAAGGCAAGGAGGAGUGGGUGCUCCGGACCAUGCUGCAGGCCGGCAGCAUCCUCGGCAAGGGCUGCCAGGGCGCCCUGAAGCUCGCGCGCCGCGGCGAGGACAUGGAGCGAAGCGCGUACAUCCUCGGUGGCCAUCUGGCUCUUAUAUGGCAGUUGUAUUUAGACAUAAAGGACUACUUCACUGGUGAUUCGUAUUCUUUAGUCUGCGCACCGGUUGUCAUGGCUCUUUGGGAGUAUCCUUCCAUCUACGACUACGUUAUACAGAAGGGUAACUUAAAGGAAGUGGGCGAUGCGGUACGGAGCACGCGUUGUAUGAAUUCCCUUUUCAGUCUUUUGGAUGAGGAGCUGGCAUUCAUCUUAAAGUACAGCGAUGGACUAUCAGUGGAUGACGCCCGCAAAGCCCUUCAGAAUAUCGCUUGGACAAUCUAUAGAGAAGCAGUUAAGAUAAUAGAAUAUGAAACAAAUAAACAUAAUCAGUAA